UUGAUCACUGUUUCAAUAACCUCCUGUAGAUUUGUGUCAUCAGCAUAGUUAACCGUGUCAAAUGCAGCACUGAGAUCCAGUAGUACCAGGACUGAAAUGUUGCCGUUUUCUGUGGUCAAUGGGAAGUCACUGAAGACCUUAACUGCAGCAGUGUCAGUGCUGUGGUGUGGACGAAAACCUGACUGAGAAUAAAUAUCAAAGCCAGUUAACUCAAGUACUGGAAGACCCGAACAGGCCACAAAGGUCAAGCUGAGCAUUAAACUGCUGUUUAAUCUUUGACUGAAAGCUGUGCAUGAAAAGGAUGGUAACACUCAGACUGAAUGGAAUUCAUAAUGUGAUAGUGUGGAAAUAAUUCUUAAAAUACAUGUAUUUCUUUUGUAUUGUUGUUAUUUCAUAAUCUUCUAGAAGAAAAAUGACAAAGAAGCUGGUGAUCAUUGACACAGACUGCGGCAUUGAUGAUGCUCAGGCUAUACUGAUGGCCUUGGCAGCUCCUGACUUGGAGAUCCUGGCCGUGACCUGCGUGUUUGGGAACACAGGGGUGGAGAACGUUUGUCAGAAUGUUUUUCGGGUUCUCUCUGUCUGCGAGCGUAGGGGGAUUCCAGUGUUUCGAGGGUCCAGUGGUCCUCUGGUUGGGAUCAGUAGUCUGGUCAGUGACCACUUUGGAAAGGAUGGACUUGGGGAUGUUUUAGAGGACAAAGACCUUCUCUGGGAGGAAAAAAUUCAGCAAGAACAUGCGGUCAACGCGAUGAUCAGACUGGUGUCUGAAAAGCAGAAGCAGGUCUCCUUGGUAGCCCUCGGCCCACUCACUAAUCUGGCACUGGCUGUCAAACUGGAUCCAAGCUUUCCUGAAAAACUCAAAGACUUGUACAUAAUGGGUGGAAACAUGGAAGGAAAAGGGAAUCUGACACUUUGUGCAGAGUUUAACUUUGCGAUGGAUCCAGAGUCCGCUCACAUUGUUCUGGAAGAAUUCCUCUGCCCUACGUACAUUGCAUCAUGGGAAUACUCCUGCAGAAAUGCUCUGACAUGGGAGUUCUUUGAAGAGCUAAUUAAUCAGGAUACUCCAGCUGCACGCUUUAUGAAGAAGAUAACAUCAAAAUGCUGGGCCUACUCCAAAGAGGCCAUGAGGACUAAGAGAGACGUGUACUUCAGACCUGGCUUUGUCUCUUAUGAUGCCUAUGCGAUGGCGGCCUGCAUCGACAGCAGCGUGGUGACGGAGAGCAUCGAAUGCCCCGUCCACGUGGAAAUGCAGGGUUCUAUUGCUCGUGGCAUGAUGGUGCUGAAUCGCACAAACAAGCUACAGAAGAGCCACGUUGUGUCUGUUCUGGCUAAAUGUGAUACUGUCAAGUUUGGUCAACUCCUCAUGGAGUCACUCAGACAACCCUGCAGUAAGUAAAGUCAGCUGCAGAUCUAAGAAAAAUAUCUACAGCAAAUGAAGCGUAUCUUUUAUAUUUGUCCAUAAAUAGCAAAAAAUCCAGCAAAGAUCUAAUUUAGGACAUGAAAGAUUAAUCUGGACCUUCAGCUUAUCCAUCUACUGUUCGCUGAAGCUUCAUCAGAAAUGGAUCCAUGAAGGAUCGCUGUCAAGAAGCCGUUCUUAAGGAAGAGAAACGGGGAGAAAAGGCUGAGGUAUGCUACAUGACACAAGAGCUGGACU